AUUUCUCCAACUUUAGAGACGCGGAGUUUUGAUUGAUCUACUUUAGGAUGUGCGGAGAAGUUCGUAGAUAUGUGCUCAUUUCGUCGGCAAUGGUGAAGACCGUGUCGCAAUGCGACGCUAUACUGCAUUUGCGUCUCGCCAUCAUUUGAACCCUUGCCUAUAUACCCAUGGCUACAGCAAAGAGUAGUCAGUGCUUAUCAACAUGGAUCUCCAUUUGGUACAAAUUUAUUUUACAUAUAGUUGUCCCCUGGGCCUGGGCGCGUCUUACCAGCGUCAAUUGAUUUUUACAGAGCAUACAUAGACGCGUGUUAGAUCAUCCGCGUCGGAAUAAGUCAGCACGAUGCCUUGGGGAAUACUCGAGAGUAAGCAAGCAGGACAUGUCCCAGGCACAGUAAUCCUUGCGGACCAGACCGAUAUACCAGACGAAUAUAGAGACAUCUCUCGCGAACUUCUUAAACACGGCACUGGGAAAUACUCGCAUAUUAUAUUGACUCCUCAGCCAAGUGACUCUCCCAAUGAUCCUCUCAAUUGGCCGACGUGGCGCAAAGAUGUCAUUCUUGUUAUCGUUGGUUUAUCCGCCGGUGUCGUGGGCGCGUACGGCCCUAUGAUUUCACCAGGAUUUGUCGAGAUUGCUGCAGCACUCAAUAUAACGGUCAACACUCUCUCGCAAGCAACCGCUUGGGUGGUGUUGGCGAUUGGGCUUUCACUCUUCGUAUUUAACCCGCUGGCUAAAAAGGUUGGGCGCCGCCCCGUGUAUGUGAUAUCAAGCAUCAUCAUGCUCUCUGGAAGUAUCUGGGGAGCCCUCGCGAAAGAUUACAGCAGCUUUCUGGGCAGCAGAGUAUGGAGCGCCUUUGGAAUGGCACCUUACGAGAUACUCGUACAGUGUACAAUUGCCGACCUCUACUAUGUCCACCAACGGGCUACUAGAAUCGCCGUUUGGAACAUGUUCCUGUUAUGUGGUAUCAGCGGCGGCGCUCUCAUUGCUGGUUAUAUCAUUCAAGAUCAAGGCUGGCAAUGGACUUUGAUCUGGUGUGCCAUUAUCUUUGGCAUACUUCUUCCUUUCGUCAUCCUCUUCGUUCCCGAAACCGCUUAUAAGAGACAGUCAUUUGAGCAACAACUGUCGAUUAAGAGUGCCGCCAAGCAAGACAGGAGACCUGAGAUUUCCGAGAAGAAGGAUACCUCGUCCGAACCGGAAGACAGCGUCAAGAUAGAAACCAUAGAGAACGGCGUGGUGACAGAACGAAAAGAUUCGUACUUGCGAAGUCUGAAGCUGUGGAGCGGUGCUAUCUAUACCAGCACGCCCCUUUGGAAGAUCUUUCUGCGCCCAGUUGUCAUCUUCUUUUAUCCAGCUGUUCUCUGGGCAUUUUUGCUCUACGGUGUUACCCUAACCUGGAUCGUGGUAUUCAGUGUGGUGAACGCAGUCAUUUUCACAGCACCGCCGUACAACUUCUCGGUGUCUGAAACGGGGCUGAUCUCGUUAUCCCCCUUCAUCCUCACCUUGGUUGGCGAGAUCUUGUCAGGCCCGUUGACCGACUGGGUUUGCAUGUACCUAGCCAAGAAAAACCAUGGCAUCUACGAGCCCGAGUUCCGACUACCACCGAUCAUCAUCUCAUUCUUGGUUGGUAUCGUUGGCUUCUUCGGAUUUGGUGCCACAGUGCAUUAUCAAACUCAUUGGUCCGGGCCAGUUCUAUGCUUUGGCUUGGCGAAUAUGAGUCUUGCCUUGUCAAACGCAUCUGUCUUUGGCUACGUUAUAGAUUCUCAUAAGGAGUUGAGCGAAGAAGCAUUCGUGGCUAUCAAUGCUCGAAACAUCUUGACUUUUGGACUGACCUACUUCGUUAACGAUUGGCUAGCUAAAGAUGGAGUCCUUGCGGUCUUCAAUGUGCUGGGCAGCGUAUUUGUUGCUGUAAAUGUCUUGACUAUUCCUCUAUGGAUUUUCGGCAAACGAAUCAGGGCGUAUAUCGGUAGGAAUGAAGCACUUGAUCGAUUCAUGCACGAAGAUUAGGUGGGGGAUUUAUAUCUUUUGUAACCUAACAUAAGUAUUGAUAUGGGAGGAUGCUUGAUUGAGUUGAUCUCUUUAUUUCAUAGAAAUAGAUGUAGAAUAAGAGAGAGCAUGAGAUGGUACCUAGGUACCUAGUAAAUAAAUAAAAGCAAGGAUAAAAUGAUCGAUUCGUACCUACGUACCUGAAAUUUAGCUUCAGGUUAGGUAAUCCUUACAAGGUAACCAUUCUGCCAUUCUAGAUAAGGUAGUGGUCAGUGCG